AUGGCGGCAGUUCAGUCAAAGUUGGAGACAGUGCCGCGGCGCACCCGUGCUCUCGUUGCGCUGGUGGUUUUGGCGCUUGCUAUGGGUCACAAGCAGAUUGUUGGCCUGACCAAAAAGCGAGUACACUUGUUGAAACUUCAUCGACAUCGCAAACGACUGCACGAUGUAUCAUUGGAUCAGGGACUAGAGCAACUUUAUUACCCGACUGAUCGUAGAGACGGGACCAUCAACUUGAUAGUGCCUCACCGUGGGCAACUUCGCAAAGCGUCUGUAACACCCACAGAUCCCAAAACGUUCCAGCAAGACUACUCACACUUUUCUCUUCCGCCACCCGUGAAUAAAGAAGCAGUGCGGAAGCGUCUGGACUUGCUUGGUGUAUUUGGUGGUUUGUCACCAUCUAGUGCCCGAAAGAUUCGCGACCAUGAAGCAAAGAUAGCCCCAGAGGCUGGUGAGAGUGUGUCAAGUGCUAGCGCGAUGCGCGUUGGUGUUGACCGCGAGUUCUUACGGCAGCUGCGUGCCCUGUUUCGUAUUAUAUUCCCCACACUGCGCUCCAAGGAAAUAUACAUGUUUGUGCUACAUACAUUCUUCCUCGUGCUACGCACGUACUUGAGUCUUUUGGUAGCGCGUCUGGAUGGCUAUAUUGUCAAAUCGCUAAUUUCCAUGGAUAAAUGGGGCUUUUUGCGCGGCUUGGGCAUGUGGUUCGCGCUUUCUGUGCCUUCAACAUACACGAAUGCCAUGAUCCGAUUCUUGCAGUCGAAACUGUCUAUUGCAUUCCGCACAAGACUCACACGCUAUGUUCACGACCUGUACCUAAACAACCACCAAAACUUUUACCGCGUGACCAAUUUGGACAACCGACUUGAAUCCGUAAGCCAGUACAUUACACACGAUCUUGCUCAGUUCUGUGAUGUGUUGUCGGAUCUGUACUCGAAUGUGUCUAAGCCGUUGCUUGAUAUGAUUAUCUUUAUGUGGCAAAUGAGUCGCAAUCUUGGAGUUACUGGGGUUGCUGGCACAAUGAUUGGCUACGUGCUCUCGUCGUAUGUGCUACGCUCCGUGUCGCCAUCGUUCGGGAAACUGGCUGCGCUCGAAGCGAAGCUGGAAGGCAACUUUUACAAUGCACAGAGUCGACUCAUCAUUAAUGCAGAGGAAAUCGCAUUCUACAAUGGUGCAUCGACGGAAGAAGGUAUCUUGCGUCGCUCUUUUGACGAGCUUGUACGCCAUAUCCGCUCAAUCUUGCGUGCUCGUGUGGGGUACAACUCAAUGGAAGACUUUGUGCUCAAGUACUCGUGGUCCGCCUGUGGCUACAUCAUGAUGGCCAUACCGGCCUUUAGCGCGCAAGCGACCUCGGGCAAGACCGCUGAUGCUGAUCCGCUUAUUGCCAAGCAGACAGAGGGCUACAUUUCGAACCGCCGUAUCCUGCUGGCCAUUGCCGAUGCCGGUAGUCGUCUCAUGUACAGCUACAAGGGGGUCGCGACACUCGCCGGACAGACAUCGCGUGUGUAUUCGCUGAUUUCGUCUCUUCAUCUGCUGCAGCAUGAUGACUAUCAGAGCGUGCCGCGUCCGAGUGACUUGCCACCUGAUGCACCGUUUUAUGACCUGGGCCACCUCAAGGGCCGCCACGUGGAGAACGGAGACUUGAUCAAAUUCGUCCAUGCACCUGUUGUGACGCCCGCGCCAGGGCAGGAGCGUGGUGGCGAGUUGCUGGUAAAAAGUCUGGACAUGCAGAUCAACCCAGGCGACCAUAUGCUGAUUACGGGUCCCAAUGGAGUGGGAAAAACAGCUGUCGCUCGUAUUCUCGCCGGCUUGUGGCCUCUGUUCGAUGGUACCCUCGAAAAGCCAAACAACGAAUACAUCAUGUUCCUCCCACAACGCCCGUACCUUAAUACGGAGAGUCUACGCGAGCAAGUGAUCUAUCCGUUCUCGUAUCAGGAGCAUGUCGAGUCUGGCCGCACUGACGAGGACCUCAUGGACAUCCUCCGCCAUGUGCACCUCGCUUAUCUGCCUGAACGUGAAGGUGGCUGGACCACACGCAAGGAAUGGAAGGACGUGCUCUCCGGUGGUGAGAAGCAGCGAAUGGGCAUGGCGCGCUUGUUCUAUCAUCGUCCGAAGUUUGCCGUGCUGGAUGAGUGCACAUCGGCUGUGUCCACAGAUGUUGAAGGCCUGAUGUACGCGCAUGCGAAAGAUCUCGGCAUUACGCUUAUUACCAUCUCGCAUCGCCCAAGCCUAUUCAAGUAUCACCAGCUCCUCCUUGACUUCAAAGGCGACCACAAGUAUGAGGUGCUCAAUCUUGCUGGUGAUGUGCGUCAGCUGACCAUUGAACAGGAGCUCAAGGAGCUGGAAGCCAAGGUUGCACAGGUCGGCAAGUGGAAGCACCGACUUGAGGAAAUCCACAAAGAACUUUCAUUCUCGAAGUAG